AUGGACGCCCAAAAGGUGACCGCGUCGGCGCCGUACGCCUCUCGGCUUGAUCCGCGCACAGCAGGCGUCUCUUUUCCGGAACAAGGCGAUGUACAGAGCCCUGCAGAGAACGAGGGCUCCGCGGUAUGCCCACCGCGCCAGACCUCGCUCGGUACGAAGAGCCUGGGAGCGAAUAUCUUGUUUGGCGGCUUGGCCGGUGUAACUGGUACCACGAUAAUUUUUCCGCUGUACACACUGAAGACCCACUUGAUGACUGAUACGGGCUCGCGCGAGUGCAGAGGAUCAUCGGAGUCUGCGGCUGUUUAUAACACAGCGAGCAAAGCAGAGCCCGUUAGGGGUAACGCGGUCUCAACCGGGACCGCGAAUCCAACCAGCAGUACAGGACCCGCCCUGGCUACCGAAGCGGCCAAGCAUACAUCAACGUUAGCCGUUAAGGAUACGGCUUGUACAGAUAGCCAUGCUAAGUUACCAACAGUGGAAGCUGCUGCCCCGGCCAGAUCAUCCAAAGUCGCAUCGAACGGGUCCAGAGGCCCAGCUGCCGCUUCGCAAAGCACGCUCGCGUCGACUCCGCGGACGAAUGCCUUGAAAGCUGCCUCGCUUUUGAAGCGACGACCGCGGCUGGUCGAAACGCUCCAGCAGAUUCUUCGCUCUCAGGGAGUACGCGGCCUCUACCGUGGCCUGACGCCGGUACUCAUUGGGGUCGCGCCUGAGAAGGCGAUCAAACUUGCCGCGAAUGAUUUUUUCGUGAGCGAGUUUAAGGAGCGGUCACCGAAUCCGCAUGGACCCCUAUCUGUGAAGCAAGGCAUGCUGGCCGGUGCAGGUGCCGGUCUGUGUCAAGUGAUAGCGACCAAUCCCAUGGAAGUGUUGAUGAUUACGAUGCAGACUCGUGCGGCGCAUGGCCAUCCGCAACACAGCGUCACGGAUACGAUUCGUAUGCUGGGUUUGCGCGGUCUCUACCGUGGGGUCAGCGCCACACUCACAAGAGAUAUCCCUUUUAGUAUGGUCUUUUUCGGAAUGAAUACUAGUUUGAAGGAGCGACUUUCACUGCAUUACCAAGGGGGUCUGCCGAUGCGGAUUGUUUUCGGCGUAGGGAUCCUGUCAGGUGUGACGGCAGCUGCGCUCAGCACGCCAUUUGAUGUUGUGAAAACUCGGAUACAGAGCGGCGUUCGGGACAGACAUGGUAGAUCGUAUCAUUCGGUAGUGAACACGCUCGUACGGGUGGUUCGAGAGGAGGGUUUUCGGGCUCUCUGGAGUGGCGCUGUUCCGCGCGUCAUGAUUGUUGGCCCUUUGUUUGGGAUUACGCUACUUUUUUAUGAACUUCAGCAGAGAUUGGCACAGUCGGCACAUCAGCGAACUUGA